AAAAUAUGUUUCGAACUUCCUGAGUUAUAUACUUUUGAACUUAAUGAGUUAGUUUUUAUUUGGUAUAAAAACAAUAAAGCUAAUAAAACUUUUAAGGUGACUAAGGCUACUAAAGAUACUAAAGGCAAUAAGGCUACUAAGA